GGUGGGAGGAGCUAAGUCUCUCACUGCUCUGAGUUUGUCAGUGUCAUUUCCUAAAGAUAACGGAGCCGUGCCCGGAGACACUUUAUAGAAAACUAUCCGUAUUUCCAAGAUCGUCGGGAGGCCCUAUGGCAAGCCAUGCCAAACUGAUGCUGGAGUAACAGAGCUGACGUGGGACUAUGUGUUAAGGAUAGUCUGAACUCUUGACUACUUGGAGCCCACUGAUAUUCUUCUUUGGCUAUUAGAGAAAGUUGUUUUGGCAAUGGGGAGGAAGAAGAUCCAGAUCACCCGGAUUGUAGAUGAGCGGAACCGCCAGGUGACAUUCAUGAAGAGGAAGUUUGGUUUGAUGAAGAAGGCCUAUGAGCUGAGUGUCCUGUGUGACUGUGAAAUUGCCCUCAUCAUUUUCAACAGCUCCAACAAGCUGUUCCAGUAUGCCAGCACCGACAUGGACAAAGUCCUACUGAAAUACACCGAGUACAACGAACCCCACGAGAGCAGAACCAACUCUGACAUUGUAGAGGCCCUGAACAAGAAGGAGCACAGAGGCUGCGACAGCCCUGAUGGUGACGCCUCAUACAUCCUCACCCCCAAUACUGAGGAGAAAUACAAAAAGAUUAAUGAAGAGUUUGACAACAUGAUGAAGAGUCAUAAAAUUACUACAGGCCAUCCACAGCAGAACUUCAUGCAUGUAGCACCAGGCAGCAUGCAGUACAACCCCGGUGCAGGAGGAGGAGGAGCGACCUCCCAAGCUCUAGCUGCAGCCACAGCAGCUCUAGCUGACAGUGGGAUCCUCUCCUCGCCUCAUACACACCUCCACCGAAACGUAAACCCUUCACAAAGACCUCCCAGCGCAGGAAACACAGGUGGCCUGCAGGGCAGUUCUGAUCUGGCUCUGCAAAAUGGGUCUGCUCCAGUUGUGAAUGGUUUUGUGGGCUCAUCUGGUGGAAGCAGUUUGGGGAAGGUCAUACCAUCCAAAUCUCCUCCUCUUCCACCUCCUGGGAACAGCCUGGUCCCUACCAGCCGCAAGACAGACCUCCGAGUGGUCAUCCCCCAGUCCAAAGGACUUAUGCAAACACUUAGUAACCAGAGGCUGAGCAGCAGUCAGUCCAGCCAGCCUCUCUCCACCCCAGUGGUCUCCAUCACCACACCCAGUCAGCCUCACCAUAGUCUGGUCUACUCCGGCAUCAGCUCUGCCUACAACAAUGAGUACUCCCUGAACAGUGCAGAGCUGUCAGGCUUCAGCCCCCCUGCAGGCUCCUCUCUGGGCUCCAUGGCGGCAUGGCAGCUACACCAGCUGGGCUCACUGGGGUCCGGGAGCUCCAAUCUCUCCAUCAACACCAACCACAACAUCAACAUCAAAGCUGAGCCUAUCUCCCCACCCCGCAACCACCUCAGCCAAUCAGGGUACAUGAGUCACGCUCAUGUCCCUCCUCAUCCUCACUCCUCCACCUCCUCAUCCACCAGAGCAGAGAUGGGGAGGUCUCCUGCAGACAGCGUUGGCUCCUCCUGCAGCUCCCACGAGGGUGGCAGCGACCGGGAGGAGCCACAGCAGCAGCGGUUGGACUUCCACUCGCUUCCUGUGAGACGGUCAGAGGGCGGGGAGAGUCCCACGGUCAAACGAAUGCGAAUGGACAGCUGGGUGACAUAAACCCUACAGUCACAUGGCGACACAACACCAGGGCAAACACAGGAAGGACACUGUUAUGCAAAUGAAAUGUGGAUUUUAUUGAUGUGUUCUGUUAUUUUUCAUUAAGCUAUCUCUGUUUUGUUUUUGGUGGUCAGAUUUUUUAGAAGAGUUGAGCAAAAUUGGUCUGAACAUUGUGGAUCUGUCAGAAUCAUCUCAUCUAAUCUUCUGUCGUCCUUAAAACAUAACAUGCCGUCCUUUUGAAAUAUAAAUCAUUUAAGCAUCACAGACCGAUAAUGUGGGUCCAAUUGCAGUACAGUCUGUCACUUUCUUAUCCAGUGGGAUGCAGUACUGUACACAGAAGAAUAAAAAAAAAAAGGCGAGACUAGUGUUGUCUGUCAGCCUUUUGGCUUCAUUAUUUGGGCAGUAAAGCAGUGAAGUGCUUCUGGAUGUCUCCCACUGGGUGUCACUCAAUUCACAUCUGAUAUUCUCAGGGUUUGAAACAUUAAAUGAGUCCAAAAUGAAAGCAAUACUCCAUCCACAUAAUCCCUGUUACUCCCCUUUAUAGAAAACACUUAUUUAUAUCAGCCAAUGCAGUAUGCUGUUCUUAUGUUUUUUGUGUGUGUUUUUAUAUUGUGCACAGAAUAAGACAAUAUUUCAUUCAGAUUUAAAACUGAAAGCCAUGGACACUUGUUCUGUAUGUACUUCCAAAAUAUGUCUUUAUUGUUUUGUAUAUACUAUCUUUAAUAUAUAUCACUUUUGGCGUAACUGUGUAUUUUUGUGGAUGAUUGCCAUAAUUGCAAGGCACUGUCCUUUUCUUUCUCAUCAAGUGUCUUUUGGAUAAAUCUGUUUUGUGAAGUACUCCAUGCUGCACUAUCUUGAAAUCAGGUCUUCAAAAAUAUGCUGAAAGGUAAAUGCACUCUAGAAAACAUUUUUGUGAACAAAUCAAAUCUAGCUCUUAAGAAAUUGUUUUACAGAAAGGAUGCAGUAUAAAUAUACAUUUGUAAAAAUAUAAAAAUUCUGAUAGUCUUAGUAGGGCUAAAUCUGGCCAAACUGAUACGGUGAGGUGACAACACAUGAGCUUAUACGGGACAAGAUGAAAUCUGUUUAGUAGUUGGAGUGGGAAACUCGUGUUAAUCACAGAAAAACACACAUACUAAUAAGUACAAAAGCUGUACUUACGUUGAGUAAUGCUGAGAAACUGUGUGGGUAAGUACAAAGUAGCGCAUGUGGUGAGGAGUGCAAAAGCUGCAAGAGCAACCACAAUAGUAUACUGAAAAACACUGUGGAUGGGAAGCAAUCAGUCGUGAAUAAAAAAAAUACAGAAAGAGAAAGUUUUGUGACACAUUCCUGGUGUACCUUUUCACAGAAGAAAGACAACAUUUUGGGUUCAUAAAAAACUACAGCAUGAUCCAAAGCGUAUUGUAACAGUAAUUACAGGGCAUGUCUUCACAUUACUCCAAAAGCAACGCUGCAUUUUAAUGAUAUUGGCCUUGAGGUCUACCAGAUGCACACUGGAAAGCAAAAAUACAGAGGAAGUCAUUGUGCUUGGUUCAUCUAAGAAGGAGACAAAAUACAGAAAGAAAUUCUCCAUUGAGAGUCAGUUUGGCUGUUUAAAACACAGAAAAGAUCAACAUAGAUGGCAUCAGUGUGUACUGGAUUGGAUUGUCAUCAUUAGACUACAAUAGCCUCCCGUAAAAAAGACAGGAACUAUGUAGUUCACUGAGGAUGUACUUGGUAAAUCAGAUUGUCUGUAGAAAGCAGACCUGGCUUAAACAAUGUGUGUCAUGUGGUAGAGAACUGGAAGAAGAAUUCAAUUACUACAACCCGUCAGGGGCUAAGAGAUGAAUGAAGUGGAGGAAGUUAAGGGUUCAGAACAGAUGGCUGUUCAAUAUGAGAGGUGUGAUGUGUAACACCUCUGGUUGGGCACACAAGUGCUGACGUCAAGUACCACGUAAAUGAUCUAUUGGGUGAAAAGAUUUGAGUAUGCAGUGAUUAUAAUAAUAACUGACUUUUCCUUCUUUCACAACUGCAGUAUUAUGUUUCUCCAACACAUUUUCAGAGUUUCAAAUAUGUCACUGUUUUCCUUGUGUUUUCCAGGUUUGAUUCCAGGUUGAUGUAAAAACUGGGAUCAACUGUAUAUGUUGGGGGAGGGGGGUUAUUUUGAAACUUUUGCAGUUUGCACUGGUAUUGACUGUUCUUUCAGAGCUGAGUUUACAACCCCCUCUUUUCAGAUAUGCCCACCCAGUUGCGAGCUUUAUUUGAGGCUGCCUUGUCUUGCAGCUCUGGUCUGAAACUCUGAAACAGACCCCUACAGCUUAGACCGAGUGGUCUCUUUGUCAGUCCCAGGAUGGGCUGGUUUGUUGGUUUAGAGAGGAUUUGGACACUUUAGCUGGGCAAGAUUACUGGUUACACUGGUCAUAACUGGACACGGGUGGUCAUAGCUUGAUAGUUAAACUGGCCAUAGAUGAUGCAAACACUCCCAAUAGCAGCUUAAUUGACUUACUGCAUUACAGACUGCAUCAAUGGGGCCAGUGCUCUUGAUAUGUUUUAAAUUUGUUCAAAACCAUGCUUUAUUCUGGUGUCCUGUAAUACAUUGUUUGGCUCAAGUAAUAGUUUUGACUGCAAACCUUCUUGCAUUACCUACAAAACAGGCCCAGAAAAAAAAACUUAAGGAGAACAGCGACUUGUACGGGAAGCGCAUUGCAUUCACCAAAGAAAAUAAAUUGGAAGCCUUUUCUCAUAAUUACGAGAUCAGGAUCUCGUAAUUACUAGAUAAUGGAAAAGUUGGAAAUAGCCUAUAUUUACAGAUUCGAGCUUCUGGAAUCAAUAACUCGUAAGCAAAAUGUGUUUAAAACACAAACGACUCUAUUAUCGUAGUUAAGUAGACAAAAAGCUACAAGUACAUUUUCAAAUAAAUGAGUCUAUUAUUGAAUAUUAAAAUUUCCCAAAUUAUGCAAAACUAUAUUUCUACAAACUAAGUGUUGUGGUAUCAUCAACAUGUGAUCACUGAUACCUGGGGUGAUUUUUGAGACAUUACAGCCUUUAACAGUGUAGUUAUUGAAUAUUAAAAAUAGGCCUACCUAAUAUUAGGUAUGCAAAAGUCUUUUUUCCCCCAAACUAAGGAUUGUAGUAUAACCAGCAGUAUAUCAUUAAUGUGUAAGGUGAUUUUGGGGGCACUACAUUGUACAAGUGUGAAGUUAGAAGAAUAUCUCUGCAGAAUGUGUUUUCGGUGUUGCACUUUGUAGACGGUCCCUGCGCACUCGUCUCACAGCCUGCUGCACGUAGAGACCAAUGUCAUUUGUGCCGCUCCUAGGAAGACUCAUUUAUGUGAAAAUGUACUUGUAGCUUGUUGUCUACUUAACUAAUAAUAAAGAGGCAUUGUUUGUGUUUUAAA